UUGACUGCUAAAUCGAGUAUAAUGCCUAUAUGAAUAGCCUAUAUGAAUUCUAUUAAUCAGUAGACAGCGUGUCGUUUAGUUCAUAUUAUACUGUUCUUUAUAAAAACAUAUUACAAGUCCACUUUUAAUAUUGUAUCCAGAAUCAAUUAAACCUAUUAUAAUAUAAGGUUAUACACGUCGAUUACGUCGUAUAUAUACGUACCAAUCGUUUUUAAUAGAAUUGAAGGCAUAUACCGAAAAAUGAGUUGUAUCAACGGUAAAGAUAGAGUCAAUGAUCAACAAAAUAACAGAAGGUGUAAACAGAAUGUUACCGCAGCCAACGGUUAUGCAGAUUAUCUACAACUUGACAAACUUUUAGAUUCUCAGACAAUGUUAAGUAAGCAAAACGGUAGAGUUUCGUACGACGAACAUCUCUUCAUAGUUACUCAUCAAGCUUACGAGUUGUGGUUCAAGCAGAUUUUAUUCGAAAUGGAUAUUGUUUGUAAAUUAUUAUCUGCUAACCUUUGGAAUAACGAGCACGAAAUGUUCAACAUCUUAAAGCGUUUAGGUAGGAUUUCAUCUAUUAUCAAGUUAUUAUUAGAACAUUUUGGUGUUUUGGAAACCAUGACGCCUUACGAUUUUGCUGAAUUUCGUGAUUAUCUAAAACCAGCAUCAGGGUUCCAGAGUCUUCAAUUCCGAAUGAUUGAAAAUAAAUUAGGAUUAAAAAAGGAAAACCGUGUCAGUUGUUGUAAAUCGUACACUGAUUGCUUUAGUGCUAAGAAAUAUGAUGAACUCGAACGCACUUCGGCUGAACCUAGCUUAUUCACUUUAGUUUGCCAUUGGCUCGAAUCUACUCCUAUGUUAAAAGAUAAUAUCGUGUGGGACCAGUAUCGAAGAGCGGCAGAUCACUGGUUAGAAGGAUCUACUGAGUCUGAUAUGUCUUGUCUGGAGAAACGCCGUAAGCUGAUGGACUCUGUGUUUAAAUGUGACCAGCACAAACGCCUAGUCGAACAGGGGAAUCGAACGUUUUCUCAUAUGGCGCUAAAGGGUGCCAUAAUAGUAUAUGCGUACAGACACGAAAAAGGGUAUGCAUUGGCCAACCGAAUACUAGAAUCAUUGGUGGAUAUCGACACGCUUUUAUCAAAAUGGAGAUACAGUCAUUUCGUUAUGGUGCACAAGAUGAUUGGAUCGUAUAGUUCCGGCACGGGUGGUACUUCUGGUUCAGAAUAUCUAAGAUCUACAUUAUGUGAUUCAUACCGAAUAUUCAUUGACUUGAUCAAUCUACCAGCACUAAUAAUACCUGCUAUAUACAUCCCACCAUUAAUAAAAUGACAAGGUAAAUAAAAUUACUUUUUUUGGAUUAAAUAUAAUAUAUUGCUUAUUAAUUUGUGAAUUUUAAUGAUUAUAUUUUGGAUUUAAAAACUAUUACAUAAAAUUAGCUAGAUUCUUUUAGUCACGGUAAUACCUAUCCAAAAUGUUUGUUAGUCCUUAAAAAAUUUAAAUAUAAGAUACCUAAUAUUGUUUAAAAAAUAUAAUUAAUUGAAGCACAUAUAAAUAUAAAAUAAAUAUUUAUUUUAACAAGUUUUAAAGAAAGUGUGUAUUUUUUAAACUAAGUUUUCUACAAUCUGUGUAUUUACUUGUUACUAUAUAAAA